AUGAAAAACACACUGCAAAUUAUUGCACUCGUCUUAGGUUUUUUGGGGUGCAUGUGUACUUUAUUAUCAUUGCAUAAUCACUACUGGAAAAUGUCAUCGACAGAUGGUAGCGUCAUCACUACCGCCAACAUCUUUGAAAACCUCUGGAUGUCCUGUGCAGAUGACUCCUCUGGUGUUUACAAUUGUUGGGAUUUUAAGUCCAUGUUCGCUCUACCAGGUUAUAUCCAAGCAUGCCGUGCACUAAUGAUCACGUCUAUUGUGAUGGGCUCUUUCGGACUGGUGGCGACUCUUGUGGGUAUGCAGUGUUCCAAAAUAGGAGGGGAGAAUUACAUCAUGAAGGAUCGGAUCACAGGAAUCGGAGGGGUCUUCUUCAUACUGCAAGGUCUGUGCACCAUGAUUGCAGUGUCUUGGUAUGCUUCCAAAAUCACUCAGGAAUUCUUUGACCCACUUUAUCCUGGAACAAAGUAUGAAAUCGGAGAUGGCCUGUACAUUGGUUGGAGUUCAGCCACACUGGCUUUAUGUGGCGGCAGCUGCUUACUGUGUGCCUGUAGACUGCAUGGCCCAGAAGAAAUAAAAUCAGAUCUUCAGAACUUCAGGACGUACUCCUACCAGCCUCAAUCCAGGAGUGCAGAUCAAACUGCCCUUGCAACAUCCCACGCCACUUCUAGCCAAUAUGGACUCAACGCAUAUGUGUAA